CAACAUGGAUGGUGGUAUAAAAGUUGAAGGAGUUAAUGGCGCUGCUCCGCUACCACAAAGGGCUCAAAAGAAUAUGCCACAAGGUAAUAAAAAGCCCAUUAUGAACGCUCAGCAGCAAAAGCAGAAUGAUGGUGGCGAUGGCGCACCGGCGGAGAAGAAACCACGUUUUAACCAAAAUGGUCCCAAUCAAAACCAAGGUGGUAAUCAAAAUAAAAAUUUUGGAAAUCGUGGUUUUGGUAAUCGUAAUAAUAACCGCAACCAACAAAAUCAGAAUCGUAACCAGAAUCAGAACCAAGGAAACGUGCAAAAUCAAAAUCAGCAAAACCAAAACAAACAAAAUCAGCCAAAUCAACAAAAACCGCAAGAUAUAAAGUCGGCAUCUGAUAACAAUCAGGCUCCAAUUAAAAAGGAUGUUGCUCCAGGACCACAACAACCACCACAGCAACAACAACAACAGCAGCAGCAGCCACAACAACAGAACCAAAACCAAAAUCAACAAAGGAAUCAGCCACAGAAUCAACAGCAACAAAAUAUGAACAACCAAAAUCGCAAUCGCGGUGGAGGUGGAGGAGGGGGCGGUGGCCCUAUUGGUAAUCAAGGAGGCCCAGGUGGCAAUCAAGGCGGUCAAAAUAGAGAUCGCAGCCGUGGUGGUCGAGGCGGUCCCGGUGGUGAUGGUCGUGGUAAUCAAGGCAAUGGUCCAUAUAAUAGAAGUGAUGAAUUCUUCAUUGGUCAACGUUUGCGCGCAAUUGGGGGACCUACACAUGAGUUGCCACCAGUUGAGGCAACCGAGGAACCUAAGUUCUCUGGACGCAAUCGUUUAUACGUUGGAAAUCUUACCAAUGAUAUUUCAGAAAACGAACUGCGUGAAAUGUUUAAACCAUUUGGUGAAAUUGGUGAAAUAUUUUGUAAUGCUGAGAAAAAUUUCACAUUCCUUAAAUUGGAUUACCAUAUAAAUGCGCAGCGUGCUAAACGUGAAUUAGAUGGUACCAUGCGAAAAGGCCGUCAAUUGCGCGUUCGUUUCGCUCCCAACGCUACCAUACUUCGUAUUAAAAAUUUGACACCUUUCGUAUCCAAUGAACUACUUUAUAGAUCAUUUGAAAUAUUUGGACCCAUUGAACGCGCCAAUGUAGUUGUUGAUGAUCGCGGUAAAUCCACUGGCGAAGGCAUUGUUGAAUUCGCUAAAAAAUCAUCUGCUAAUGUUUGUCUACGUUUUUGUAAUGAGAAAUGUUUCUUCCUAACGGCUUCACUGCGGCCAUGUGUGGUUGAACCCUUUGAAAUUAAUGAGGAUGAUGAUGGUUUGCCAGACAAGUCACUAAAUAAGAAAUCUCCCGAAUUCCACCAUGAACGUGGUAUUGGACCACGCUUUGCUGAGUUGGGUUCGUUUGAACACGAAUAUGGUACCAGGUGGAAGCAAUUGCAUGAAUUGUUCAAAACUAAACAAGAUGCACUAAAACGUGAACUCAAAAUGGAAGAGGAGAAACUUGAGGCUCAAAUGGAAUAUGCACGAUAUGAACAUGAAACAGAGCUGCUUCGGCAAGAAUUGCGUAAACGCGAAUCUGACAAUGAGCGCAAGAAGAUGGAGUGGGAAAUGCGUGAGAAGCAAGCCGAAGAUAUGCGCAAACGUGAUGAGGAGAAUAUGCGUCGGCAGCAGAAUGAAAUGCAAUCACGUAUGUUGCGUCAAGAAGAGGACAUGCGUCGUCGGCAGCAAGAAAACACAUUGUUUAUGCAAGCACAGCAGCUUAAUUCUUUGUUGGAUCAGCAAGAAGGUUUCGGCGGAAAUAAUAAUGGAGGUAAUAAUUUCGACAAUUUUGGUCGAGCAUCCAACAACUCACCAUUUGAAUUCAGAGAUCCUAUUGCGGCUCUUUUAGGUAACAACGGUGGCGGUAACGGCAACGGCAAUGGCAAUGGGCCAAAUAAUCCACAGGAUUCGUUUUCAUUUGAAUUUGGUGGUGGUAACCAAAACCAAGGUGGCAAUCAACGCGGUGGCAAUAACAACGGAAACAAUAAUCCAUGGGAACGAAGAAGACGUUUCUGAGAUUCAGUGUCACCAUAAAUGAAUGUUGUGCGUGAGCGUUUACGCUGGAUUCAUUCAUAAUGGUCCAGAGUGAAAAUUAUGAAAUGAUCGAACAAUUAAUAUCAUUCUACUACUGUACUACAACAACUUCUACUACUACCCAACAAUAUAUAACACACAAUCAAGCAGUUCUAUGGCUGUACAUUGGAACAUUUAUAAAGAACAAAAACUUUACUCAAAGAAGGACCCAUUGAUUGAUCAACGAUAUUAAAAGAAAAAAGAAAACUAGCAAUUCAGCGUACAUCUCGGCUAGUUUCCAUUUUUUUUUUUUAAAUUAAUAUUACUGUAUAUUAAAAUGUACGCUUCAUUUUAAACCAUUUUAAUCUUAGUGAAAAAAAAAAUGUAUUGGAAACAUACAUUCUCUGUAGGCAGGAUAAGUUAUUUGCAAGCUAUAUAACACGAGUGUAAUAUUUGGUUUGAAACAUUUUAAAUGUACAAUAAUUUAUUAUAAUUGAAAACAAACAUCCAAAAACAAAUCAUAUUCAACGGACGCUCGAUAGUGUAAGAUUUCACAACAUAAAAGUAUUUAUUGAUAAGACAUCAAACGCAAAACAGUGCGAGCUUUCUUUGUGAUCAUUGUCUCAGUUUACACGAUUGCUGCGAUCUCUAGAGACAACACGAAUUUAGCUCGUCUUGACCGUAUUGAAACUUAAAAAAAAAAAGAUAACACACACACACAAACAAACUACACAUACAUACAUACA